AUGAAUGAUCUGGAAUUCAUGGAUAUUUUAAUAAUCACUUUGACUAUUCAGUUUAAUAUUGUACCUGGCCAAGCAUUUAAGUUUGUCAUUUAUUAAAUGUAAUAUAUUUAACGAAUUAAAGAAUAUUUAUAUUAAAUUAUAUUAGAAUAUGAAAACACUAAAAUAUAAUUAUUUACAUUUCUAUUUUUUUACACAAAGUUAUUUGGGGAAUACUCUUAAAAUGUAGAAUAAUACUUACAUAAUAGUAAAAUGUAAUCAACAAGGAAUGAAUGUAUAAAUUAUAUUGAAAAAAAAUUAUUUAAUUGA